AUGCGGAGCGGACAUCGGCGUCUCUGAGAGCAGGGAGAGUCGCUCCCCCCCCCCCUCUUCCUCCUCCCCCCACCUCCUCCUCUUCCUCCUCUUCCUCUCCCCCCCGCAACGGAACCGGAUGAUCUCCGCCGGACCGGAGCCGCCGACGUCGACGAGCCGUCGCGGAGCCGCCUGAGGCCGCAGGAUGCAGGUGAGAGAUGCGGUGUGCACGGAGCGCAUCAGCAGCGACGAGCCGGAGCAGGAUGACGUCAGCCAGAAGAAGACGUCAUGCUUCUCCAACAUCAAGAUCUUCCUGGUGGCGGAAUGCGCGCUCAUGUUGGCUCAGGGCACGGUGGGCGCGUACCUGGUGAGCGUGCUGACCACCCUGGAGAGACGCUUCAACCUGCAGAGCGCCGACGUGGGCGUGAUCGCCAGCAGCUUCGAGAUCGGCAACCUGGCCCUCAUCCUCUUCGUCAGCUACUUCGGCGCCAAGGCCCACCGGCCGCGCUUGAUCGGCUGCGGCGGCAUCGUCAUGGCGCUGGGGGCGCUGCUGUCGGCUCUGCCCGAGUUCUUGACCCACCAGUACGAGUACGAGGCCGGGGACUCGUGGCACGCCGAGGACGGCCGGGACGUGUGCUCCAACAGCACCCGCUCGGACAACAAAGACUCUGCGUAUAAAUGCGGCGACCGCGCCAGCACCAACAUGAUGUACCUGCUGCUGAUCGGGGCCCAAGUCCUGCUGGGCAUCGGGGCCACGCCUGUGCAACCCCUGGGGGUGUCCUACAUCGACGACCACGUCCACAGGAAGGACUCCUCCUUGUACAUAGGGAUUUUAUUUUCCACGUUAGUGUUCGGACCGGCCUGUGGCUUCAUCUUAGGCUCCGUGUGUACCAAAGUCUACGUGGACGCCUUCUUCAUCGACACCAGUACGCUGGACAUCACCCCAGAAGACCCUCGCUGGAUCGGGGCGUGGUGGGGGGGCUUCCUCCUGUGCGGUGCCUUACUCUUCCUGUCGGCCCUCUUCAUGUUCGGCUUCCCUCAGGCCCUGGACCAGCAGGUUCUGGACGGCGAGAGCGAGCAGGCCAUGUUGCCCUCGCCCCUCAGCCUGGACUACCAGGCCUCCAGGGGCGUCCACGGCUUCGACAUCAACAGCGGCCUGUCCGUGUGCCAGCACCUGAGAGUCAUCCCCCGGGUCACCCGCCACCUGCUGUCCAACCCGGUGUUCAGCUGCAUCACGCUGGCCGCCUGCAUGGAGAUCGCCGUGGUGGCCGGCUUCGCCGCCUUCUUGGGCAAAUACCUGGAGCAGCAGUUCAACCUCACCACCUCCUCGGCCAAUCAGCUGCUAGGAAUGACGGCCAUCCCGUGCGCGUGUCUGGGCAUCUUCCUGGGCGGGCUGCUGGUCAAGAAGCUCAACCUGUCGGCCCUGGGAGCCGUGAGGAUGGCCAUGAUGGUCAACCUGGUGUCCACCGCCUGCUACGUCUCCUUCCUCUUCCUGGGCUGCGACACCGGCCCGGUUGCCGGGGUGACCGUCGCCUACAGCAACGAGACUCUGCGCUCGUGGCAGCGUCCGGAGUCUCCGUGCAUCAGCAGCUGCAACUGCUACACGGCGUCCGUCAGUCCGGUGUGUGGCGCCAACGGCGUCACUUACCUCUCCGCCUGCUUCGCCGGAUGCACCAAAGCGGUGAGUGGAAACGUCGGCGCGGGCCACCAGAGGGCGCCAAACAAAGACACCUUUUUUGUCUGCGCCAAACAAACACACCUUUUUUGUCUGCGUAGAACAAACACACCUUUUCUGUCUGUGCAGAACCUGACCGGAUGCGCGUGCGUCUCCGCCACCGGCGACGAGGCGGUGGCUCUACCGGGGAAAUGUCCGAGUCCCGGCUGCCAGCAGGCCUUCCUCACCUUCCUGUGCGUCAUCUGCCUGUGCAGCAUGAUCGGCGCCAUGGCGCAGACGCCCUCCGUCAUCAUCCUCAUCAGGACGGUGAGUCCGGACCUGAAGUCGUACGCUCUGGGCGUCUUGUUCCUGCUCCUCAGACUGAUCGGCUUCAUCCCGCCGCCGCUGAUCUUCGGUAUGGGCAUCGACUCCACCUGCCUGUUCUGGAGCUCGGUGUGCGGCGAGAAGGGCGCGUGCAUGUUGUACGACAACGUGGCGUACCGCCACCUCUACGUCAGCAUCGCCAUCGCCCUCAAGUCCUCCGCCUUCCUGCUCUACGCCACCACCUGGCAGUGCCUGCGCAGGAACUACAGGAAGUACAUCAUGAACGGCGAGGGCUGCCUCACGCCCACCGACCUCUUCUCCUCCAACCUGACUCUGGACCAGCUGGGCAAAGACUCCGCCCACAGCCCCGCCUCCGGCAGGACCAAGUACGUGUACAACCUGGACGACAACGCCGAGUCCGUCUUCUAGUCGCCGUGACGACGCUCCGUCACUCAGAGCCUCCACUUCCUGCGCCCAAAUAGUCCUUCCUUCGCAUAUUUACAUAUUUGCAUAUUUGCAUAUUCGCUAGACCCGCCCAUUUCCUUCAUAACAGUAAAUAUCAUACACCUGAUAAUAUAAUAAAUUAUUUUUUAUCAUUCUUCUUGUCAUUAAAAAAAUAUGUUAUUUUAUGUGCGCAUUCGUAUAAUAUUAUAUUAUUAUUUUAUUAUAAUAUUGAUGUACAAUUACAGUAGACAGUACUGUACUAGAAGUAUUAAAUUAAAACAAUCUAGUGUAGACUGCGCCGCAUAUUUACAUAUUUACAUAUUCAUAUUCGCUAGACCCACCCAUUAAAAAAUAUGUUAUUAUAUGUGCGCAUUCAUAUAAUAUUAUAUUAUUAUUUUAAUGUAAUAUUUAUGUACAAUUACAGUAGACAGUACUGUACUAUAAGUAUUAAAUUAAAACAAUCUAGUGUAGACUGCGCCGCAUAUUUACAUAUUCAUUUCCUUUAUAUUUUUAUCAUCCUUGUCAUUAAAAAUUGUAUUUUAUGUGUGCAUUCAUAUAUUAUUUUAUUAUAAUAUUGAUGUACAAUUACAGUAGACAGUACCG